AGUUAAACUCCGGGUGUGAUUCGUCUAACAAAUCAAAAUAAUUCGCGGACGCGAAUUUCAGUUUUAUCAUCAUCACUCUUAUGUCUAUUUCCAACUGAAAACGUUGUCGUCGUCGUUGUCGAACGUGUCGCUGCCGUGCUGUUUCUCUAGUCCUAUUUAACAGUCUCGGUUAAUUUAAAAUAACUAAACAAAAAGCCCGACUAUAGAAACAGUUCAUUCAUUCAUACAUAAAUGUGCCAACAUUUUAUAUGAACGUAAAUGUGAACAAAAAGAAAAAAUAAACGCGCGCGAACUCCUCCACAAAGAAAUUUCUCAAACCAAAACAAACAAAGCCAACACAAUUCAAUAGAAAAGAUACAAAACUGCACCGGACACAAUGAGUGUUAACGGUGACUUGAUGGUUGUCAGAAACGGACGUUCCACAAGUCAAGUGUCAGUCUACAAUUACCCGGAGCAUUUGAAUCCAUUUUACGAAGACGAUAAUCACAAACGCUUGAGAUUUUGGCAAAUUAAUAAAAACUCAAAAGAUGGCCAGGGCAGACGAAAUAGUUUCUCAUUGGGCGGUCUCAAGGAUAUGUGGGCAUUUAAAUCAUUUCGAUUGAAGAAAAAAUCAUCAAGCUUAGGUAUAAAUAAAACAUCAGAAAGUCCACCACCACUACGUCGAGAUAUAUUCAACAACGAAAACGGUUAUAGCACAUAUGAUCCUCGUAUGCGCUAUACAACUGGAGCAACAAAUGGUACUCUUGGUGUUAAUAAUGCGUUCCAAAGAAACGUCCCAUAUCGAAGUUCACUUCAAGAUAUGAGAAAUACCCAGCCGGAUCAUCCUAUCAAUGGUAUUGGUUUCAAUCGGAACGAUAGAUAUCGCAGCACAAUUCAACCGGCCACAACAAGCGGAAGUGGAAGUGGCGGAACAACGCCAACACAAUCGCUAACAUUACCAACAUCCCGAAGGUACGUGUAUCGCGGGUCUGUUACCCCGCAACCAGUACGUAAUCUUGAAUUUAAUAGUGACUCUUUGGGAAUGAUAAGCCACGGAUCAUCUCAAGUUAGUGUGGCCAGCACAAAUCCAUUUGAUGAUGAAGAUGAUGAUGAUGUUGUAAUGGGUGGUAUCUCUGCCUCAUCUACACCUGCAAAACAUCCUGCACGAAAAAAGCGACGUGCUCCACCACCACCAAUUCCAGUGCAUCAAAUAAUCAAAGAAGAAAGCUCGAGUGCUGGUUCCACUCCUAGUCACAAACCAUCAUCCACCACUCAGCCCAACAACAACAGUUCCACAGCCAACGAAGAGGAAAUUCACAAUCUUACCGCUGAAAUUGAGAGUUUCGUUAAGUCGUCCAACAACGAUAGUACCGAAAAUCAUCAUGAAGUUCGAUCCUCAUCUACAACAACUGUGGUCACUACAAAUUCACUUAAACAAAAUGGUACAAUACCAAAAAGUCAUAAUUCACCAACCCGCGAAUCAAGCAGAUCGAUUAAUUCGAGUAUCGAUAUUAUUGUUACUCCCGAUGAUGAACCAUUAUUCAUUAGGGAAGAUGAAGAUCCUGCUGAUUUGAAGAUAGAAGAUUCUUCCGUGAAGGAAGAGAAGAAAAAAGUGAAUCAUAUCGGUAAUGUGGAAACAAUCCAUAUCCGUACAGAAAGCCCUCGGUCGACACCGGAAAGAAUUGAGUCAUCACCAGGUGGCGUAUCAUCUUUCCGUUCAGAAUCGAAACCACAUUCGUCUGAGGAAAUAGUAAUAGUUAGCACGAAUAAAGAAGCUGUGACUAUCAAAGAAUCACCGGAGAAACCAAGACCUCCUAUUGCAACUAAGCCAAUGCUUCCAAAGUCUCCACCACCUGUUUCUCCUAGAUUGUCAAAUGCUCGUCGAGAAGUUUUUAUAGCUGAAACUCCAGAUACUCCUGCAAUGAGACGAAAAGAAAUAAAAGUGGUCGAAGAAGUGCCUUCCUCCCCAGAAACGCCACAUAGGGAGAUAGGAAUUGACGUUGGUGCUCAUCGUAAGACACCUACACCUUCGCGCCAUGAAGUUACUAUUAAAAUUGUUGCGGUAGGUGAAGAUAGAAAACAUCAACCAGCUUCACCGGUUUCAACUCCUGUCCCAGCUGUGAGGGAGCAAAAACCCACACCGCCUGAACGAAAAUCACCUCACACAGCUGUUAGAAAAGUUGAAGUGACCGAAACAGAGCUAAGCUCUCAAGUAGAGUCAAAGCCAUCGCCAAAACCUAAAGAAGAAAUUAAGAUUGAAGAAAAUAUUUCCAAUCUUGAAGAAGAUCUUCCGACAACAAUUUCCGAGCUUCAGUUAAUUAUUUCUGAAAUCGAAGAAGUUGCUGAUCGAAUAGAAGAUUCCACUACACAAUCAAACCUUCCUAAACCCGUUACAACUCUAACUCAAACUUCUGAAGUUGACGCCCAUCCAGCUCCUAUUCAGAAGCCUCCGAGACAUAAGCACUUUGUUGAAGAUAUCAACGAAAAUAUUUACCGGCCACGACCAAGUCAAUGGAAGGAAUCGACACUAGCCCCGUUGGAGCCAGUUCCCCCAGAAAAACGACGAUCUGUCAAACAAAUCAUCGAUUCCAUCAAUCGAAGCCAAAAACUCCUCGGCGGUGCAAAGAAAGAAGAAGAAAUCGAGAUCGAUGCCAAUAAUCCACAACGAAAUCAAAGCGAAACAAAUACCAAUGCCAUGGAACAAAAUCUUAAAAGUUUGGCCGAGUCCCAACGAGAGAUGAAGCGAAUGCUUCUUGAACUCGAAGGACUCGAGAAUGCCCACGAACACGAACAGAAGCUUUCUAAUAAGGCAGAUGAGAAUUUUCAAGGCAUCUUAGACACAAUUGUGUCAACGCUAGCUAAAGAAACUGAUAAAAAUGGCAACAUGGAGGUGUUCAAAAAAUGCACCAUUACAAAAGAAGUCAACAACACGUCGAGAGAAUCUUCGCCAACUAGUUCUAACCUCGAUUGGAAUCCAUUGCCAAAGCCCAAGCGAACUAAUAAAAAUCUUUCACCAGAACUCCAAGUGAAGAGGAAUAACAAAUAAUAAUACUUCAAAACUCUCAACACUGAUGUGUUUGAAUGAUUUUUUGGCGUUGGUGAAUUUAAUAAAAAUGUGACCUCAUAAAAAUCCUUUUGUGCAAUAUUCAAAGGUUCAUCUUUAAAAAAAAAAUGAAGAACUUUAUAAUUUGGAUCGUGAAAAAAAGAACUAAAACUCCAAAUAAGUUCAUUAGAGCCCACGACAGCGAAAAAAAAUUUAAAUUUAUACAUAAUUAAUUAUUACUCCUAUAUUAUAUCGCCUUAUAUAAAGAAAAGAAAUAAUUUAUAAUUAUAUUAUAUAUUACGUUAUGUGUUAUGAUAAUUUUUAUUAUUUAUAAAUAUUUAAACAAAUAAUUAGCAAAGUCAAGAUGAUUAAACGUGGGUUUAUUUUUUUUUGUAAUCGCGCUAAGCAGCUAACCAAUCAAUGGGAUAAUUUUUAGAAAUUUAAUAAAGUCUAUGUGCCUAAAGUUUCAAUUUUAUUCUAACUUUUCAAUAA